GCGGAAGAAGGCGCUGUUGGUGUGGCAGUGAGAGAGGAUUUGUGUGGUCCAUUCCAGGAAGCGCUGGCGGUUUUGGAGGAGGACUCUGGGAGGAUUCCGACCAGUGGGUUCGAAGAGUCCCAAACAUCAAUACAUGAUUAUAGCCUUCGUCACUUGUUUGGAAGAUUGGAAUUCACUCAUUUUGUUCACACACAUAUAUUACAAAUAUACAAUCAUUUUAUUCUUGCAAUUAUCCCUCCUGCUGCACAACCACCCUCUUCAGGAUGUCAGCUUGUGCGAACCGAGGGGGAAGGUGAAAGCAACCCAGCAGAAGAUUCUACUUCCAUUACCAAGCUGGUUGGAAGGCAAACCAUUGUGAAGAAGAGGAAAGCCACCGCCGAG